GGGGUGGUGAGGCGCAAAAGAUGGUGGCAAAAGAUCCACUUGGAUUCCAACAUAAAUUCGGCAAUAUCAAUUCUUGUUGGAUGGUGGAAGACAAAAGCUUGAUUAAAUUCUUUGUUAUUAAACCUUUUGACUAUUUCGAUUCUUAUUUACAGGGUUAUGACAUGGAGUUGCCUAAAAGCAUUGCUAAGGUGGAGCCAUUGCAUAAAAGAAUACAAGGUGAUGAUGUUCCAUUGGUAAAUAAGUCCAAGUAUGAUGAUGAUAUUUUGAUGCACAUCAAGUCAUUAACUAUAAUAUCUAAGUUAAUGUGUAAGAGUAAUUCGCUUCCUUUUGAAAUUGUGUAUGACAUAGAUGAUUACUUAUUCCAACUUGGUGGAAAGAGGCAUGGAAUUUCUGUGAAGAGGCUUGCAAAUGAGUUAAAUAUUUCUUCUUAUCUUAUUCAAGUGGCUAAUGAGUUUUCAUGUGCUAAAGAAUGUGAUCUUUGUUAUGUGAUGGGGAGUCAUUCUUCAAGUCAUGUUCAUUGUAAGAUUGUAAAAGUAUUUGUUUCUAGUAAAGAGGAUAUGCAUGAUUGUUGUAAUACUGGUGAUCAAAUACUCUUUCAUGUAGAGGAAUCCAUGAGAUUUGUAAUUGUAGAUAGUAGUGUAUAUCAUGAAUGUAUCUUGUUUGAUACAUGUGGUAGAGAUCCAAAACUCGGAAGACCUGGUUUUCCCCAAUAUGGUCACUCAGGUCUCUCCGUUUCAGUUUUUCUUUCAAGGUUGAGGCUCCCAGGAAUCCUUUCUCUCACAAAGACUCAGCCGAAGCCAUGCAAGGCUGGGUCUAAUGGAAGAAAUGAUUUCUGUUGGUCAAAGCAAAGUUGA